AUGAGUCGAGCUCGUAGACGAUCGAUGUCUUCCUCGGAAACGCCGGCCUCAUGGGUGAGCUGGUUCUGCAGCAAUCGUGGAAACGAAUUCUUUUGCGAAGUAAUACUUCUCUUAUUCCUGGAAAGCUUGUCGACCAGAGUCUCAUUGCUCUUAAGGUUCUGCGUAAACACGAUUUUACAGAUUGACGAAGACUAUAUUGGAGAUAACUUCAAUUUAACUGGGCUUAGUGAUCAUGUGCCUAAGUUUCGCGAAGCGCUUGAUAGAAUACUUGAUUUGGAAUCCGAUGAAUCUGCCGAGGAGUGUGACAGAAAUGCCGAAGAGGUGGAACGAUUCGCAGAAAAACUUUAUGGAUUGAUACAUGCCAGAUUCAUUCUUUCUAACAGGGGCCUAUCCAUGAUGCUACAGAAAUGGCAAGAUAGAGACUUUGGAACGUGCCCUCGUGUUUUUUGCUAUGAUCAUCCACUCCUUCCAAUUGGUACUAGUGACGUACCUGGUCGAGAUACGGUUAAAAUGUUCUGCUCAUCCUGCAGUGACAUAUACCAUCCAAAACACGCCCGGCAUCAAUCCAUUGAUGGAGCUUACUUCGGCACAUCAUUUCCGGAAAUGUUCCUGAUGGUGUAUCCAGAAUAUCGCCGCCCCAAACCUCAUCAGUUCGUGCCAAGAUUAUUCGGGUUUAAAAUUCGUCCACCACCUCAAGGUUAUCCAGUGAAUGACCCCGAUAUAGCGUAA